UCUAAGUGUUGCGGCGGAAUAUUUGUAAUAUAAGUCCAUGUUGUUCGACGCAUUGUCAACUCUAAGUACACUGUACGAACAAAAAGUAGUUUAUCUGAGAAAUGAACAAAGAUUUUUCUUCAGACGCAAGUAAAGAUAGAGAUUACAGAUUACACAAGAAAAUGGUGUGAGUUUUAGCCUAGGGUUUGGGAUCCCAGUAUAUGCUUUGUUGAGCCUUUCACCAUUCUUUUGGUUGGGACUUGGGAGUUUAAAUUACUUACUUAUUUGCUCACCCAAACGGCCGAACCAGUUAUCUUAAUGUUAUCUUGGUACGCUACCGGUUUAGUUUGGAUAUUACUACACGGUGUAUACCAAUCAGAGCCUGUAUUUUUUCCUUUUCUAAACUUCAGGUUCAAGAAAUGUUUUUUUUAAUAAAGUUUCAAGAAAUGUUUCCGAUUUCAUUUUUGAUCGAGUAAAUAAUAGAUGUUGGAAAAUAUAUCAUCAAGACACACACGUUGACAUUGUUUCAAACAGUCUUUUUCUCCAAAGUCAACUGCGUUUUUUCAGAAGUCUCUGUGACUUGAGGUUCUCUCUUGUACUUUUGGGAAAAAUUUCAUCCUAUUCUCUAGUUUAUAUGAAGAUCGUUCAUCCAAACUGGUGAAGAUCAGAGCAAUCAAGAAUCAUCUUUUGAUUCUGUUUUGGUCAUCUCAAUCGUAUGUUUUGGUAAGUUCGUGAUCCCAAGUUGUUGUUCCGACAGUUCUUGACAUCUUGUACACAAAAUGUGUGGCACAUCACCACCUCCACCUCCUCCUCUUCCCCCUCCACCCCUGCCGAUGCGUGGAAGAGGAGUCUCACUGUCACCACCUCACCUUCCUCCGAAACAUGGAAGCGGUGGGACUGAUCCUCCUCCUCAUCCUCCUCUAUAUGGAAGAGCACCACCACCUCCACUUUAUCUGAAUAGUAAAAGAGCCGUACCAACUGUUCUGCCUCCGGGUGUAGGGAGAUGCCAUGGUCUUGCACUUCCUCGUUCGAGAGUUUCUUAUGUGAUGAAAUUAGCAAGUGCCUUAUGGAACGACGAACAGAGACGUAAAAAAGGACAAUUGACCUCUUGCAUCAGAAAUAGAGACACUUUUGCUUCCAAAAGUGAAGAAGCCGGUUAAUAACUCCGGAUAUGAACAAGGUAUGCUAUGAUUUGCCAAGAAUAUGAGUGCCUCCCGCAUACUUUGUAAAAUUUAUAAAUGCUGUAAUAAUAAGAGGGUCUGUAUAUAUGAGCCCCCAUUGCAUGUAUUUAUGCAUUUGCGAUUCAAUAUUUUAUGCAAGUCCUUCAGAACAUGUGUGUAGCUAUCCUCUAGGAUGCUGCUUUUGUUUUGACAAGAAGUUGUAGUUCAGACGCUUCAAAUGUUGUUCAGUGAUAUGACUGUG